AGGAGUUUGCGUAUUACGAAAUGCAUAAGAGUCGACGUAUAAGAGCUUCGCUCGCUCCGCUCAAUUAGUCAAUGGAUAGAACUGCGGAAUGGAUGAUCCAGCAGACUUAUUACAUCGGCUCGUUUUAGAAGACACACCUCCGGUAGACACCUUGACCGAUUGUUUUCGCAGCCUUAGAAACAACUGCGCUGUAAAUUCUGAGGUACAAAGCUCUCUGGCGGAGUUAUCCGUUCUGAAUGACGCCAAUCUUGCAAUCAACAAAAGUUUGGAUAAGAGGGGAGACGAUUGGACGUUAUGUUUGAGGAUCAGUGCUCAGUUCUUGGGGAAUCUCAUUGUAAACAACCCCAAAACACAGCGGAUUGUGUGGACCAAAUGCUGCUCUCAGUUAAAACAAAUGGCGAUACACGGAGAUGAAAAACUGACUAAUAUCUGCAUGAUGGUGUUGUACAAUAUACUGCUUGGGUGUCCUAAUCUAACCAAGGAUUUUAUCUCUGAUGAAGAGUUUGUGAGAAUAGUCUGCACAAGUGGUGGAGAUGGUCUUGAGUUUGCGCAAUAUAUAAUGGAGCAUCUUAUGACUCAGGAUGUAGACUGGGCCAAAGUUUACACUUCUCAAGUUCCAGUUCAGGGAAGGAUGUUUUUGAUGGAGGUGUUUGAGAGCAAGAUCAAACAGUCAGCAGACGACGUACCGGUGUCUCUAGUGACCCACCUGGCCUUACAGUUCUGUCAACUGUCGGACUGUAUUCUGCAGACGACGGCAGACAAGGUGGCGACACUGGAACCUGUUGAAGUGGCCACACUGUUGCAGAUGUUGGCGACCUGCUCGGCUCAACCACCCCACCUACAGGCUCUUCAGGAACUACGUAGCUUCUUCAUCAACUGUGCUUUUCUACUAAAGAGUAUCCACUUAGCGGGGAAGGAACCAAAUAGUUGUUUCUCAGCUGUUUGUAAACUCGCAGCUGCAGACGACGAAAUGCAGAAACACCCAGCGUUUGGAUUCAAAGGCAACCUGGUCAGAAUCCUUGGGAAUCUUUGUUGGAAGCACAAAUAUAACCAGGAUCAGAUGAGAGAAUUGGAAAUCAUCCCUGUUCUACUAGACUGCUGCAACAUUGAUGCUAGAAAUCCAUUCAUCAUCCAAUGGGUGGUUCUGGCUGUGAGGAACGUUUGUGAGCAAAACGCAGACAACCAGGCGUACAUAGGCAGCAUGACCAGACAAGGGUUGGUGGAAUCAGCUGUCCUUACAGAACUGGGGAUGACACUCCACUCUGAUGAAGACAACAACCAAAUACGCAUCGCACCCCUCAAAACUGACAAGCACUGAAUUGUGGAUUAAGUGGUGAUUAAUCAACGGAUGGACGCGUUAGUCUGAAGAAGUCAACCUGAGGUGAAACGACAUUACCACUUCUCAGAUAAGGAGGGAAAAUGAAAAUACUAUGGUAGCUGUAGGCCUAUGUGUUGUAAAGGAAGAGGUUUUAAAAGCAACUCUUAAGAUCUGGUGUCUAGUAAUUCCAACAUCCACCAUGCCAAGAAGUUCUGAAUAAUCAGUUAGAAUUAGACCAUAAGACGUUUGAUGUACCGGUACCGGUAGCACUCAAUGUAAGAAUUUUUUUACAAUCUGAUGAUGUUGUACCAUAGACUGACCAAUAAAAGUAGACUUCUCACUGCAUUGCAAAUUUUGAAGUUUGUUUUCCGUAUCUAGUUCAUGUUAGUGAGUUGGUGACACUGGUCGAUUGAAUUUUGUUUUUAUUAUUUUAGGGCCAGUUUAUUGAUUUGUGCUUUACUGUUUGCUAAUAUAACUAGGGGACGAGUUAUCAUUCAUGAUUAAGUUAGAUUGUUUUAUUUGGGUAAAUGAGGUUUCAAAUUACUGAAAUACCAAGAAACAAUUGUGAACAAAACACAACCUCUACAGUCCACUGGACAGAACUAACAAUAAAAUCGUCGUCAGCUGAUCCGUAAGGAUGAGAAAUCGACUAAGGGAGUGUGUUUUAUCUUUGACUAUUAAUAGAACUAGACAUUCCAUUCCCAUGUUAAAUUUGUAGCCAGUUUUUUUUACCAAAAUUGUCGUAGUUGAUGUGAGCCACUGACAGAUUGUGCUGAUCUAAAUUGCUGAUUUCUAUCAAAUACGCAAUCUGUUUUACUAAUUCAAUGUUUUACUAAUGGAAUGUUCAAUGUUUUCUGUUUUACUAAUGGAAGGACUUAUUGUGAGCUAUAGCAACUGUUAUGACCCAUCAACUUGACCAGCAACAAAAAAUAAGGUAGAAAAUAGAGUUUUAGUCACUAGCGCAUUCUGUGCCUGGCUCACACUUCUAAGUUCUUUUUUAACGAAAAAUUGGCUACAGCUGGUCCAUAUAGAUGGGACGUCUACUUCAGUAUCCAUUAUCCAAUAGUAAAUUGUUUUAUCUAUGGUUGUAAUGUUGUACCAAUCUAGAUAUAUUGAUUCAUUCCUGAAAGUUGCUACAUGAAAGAGAGUAAAUAUCUUUAACAAUCGUAUAGCAGGUCUAUUACAAAUUUUUUUCUACAAGUUAGCAGCUCUUUAUUUAAACUUUGCAUUUGUCCUUCCACAUAGGCCUCCAAGCCUGUGAAACAUAUCAAGUGAAGCAAGCAUGAACUGUACGUACUGAUAAAUUUUAAAAGGUGGUACCAAAGCUGGAACCUAUAGAAUUUCUGCCUUGAUUUCACAAUCUGUCAUUACCAAUUGCGCCAUAGAUUCACACAAAUUGUGAUGAAUGCUUGCAUAAGAAAUAAGAUUUGUCAUAUGCUAAUGCAUUUGUUUUGAGUACAGAAAAUCUGUUGAUAAAUUAAAUUUAUGGAAAUGAUAAAUUCUUCUAAUUUAUUAAUUAUUUAAAAGAUAUUAACCACAAUACCACAAACAAAGGGUUUAGCUGAUGUAGUGACUUAAAAGACUAGCAUUAAAUCAUUGGAAUCAAUUUUAACCUAAAAAAGGCAAUACAAAAGAAGUAAAAACACUUGUUUCAAAGGAUUCAAAGCUAUUGUUGUAUCAAGUGGUCUUACUUGAUCUGGAAUGUCUCGCCUAUUAAUUGUUUUAUUUUAAUUUAAAUAAUCACUGCUUUUCUAAUUUUGUUAUUUUUAUUUACCACGCAUAUGAGACCAUUUCUCAUGUACCCUAUGUCAAUGUUUGUAACCUGUUCUCAGAUUUA